GAACCCUAGAAAUUUAUUUGAAAUCCAAAUUCAUGGCUCUGUUUUCCUUCUCUCAAGCGCAUUGAGUUCCUGACAAUAUGUGGAUGAAAUCCUUUCGGUCGCGCUCUUUAGUGGUGAGUCCUGAGCGUCCGACGUAUUUUUCGUCGAAAUUCACCCGACGGCGAGAUCCGAAAGAAGAUCCUAUUCGACAGCACGAUAUAUGCGGUGGAAGGGAAGAGGAUGACGAUCGGGAACGUUUCUUGAUCCAUCAAAGAAGAUCCUAUUUCACCCGUACGUCACAUCUAGAUCGCCUGUCCCUCUGCUCUUAGAAGACCCCACCGAUGUCACCGCUAACGUUCUGAACGACGAUGCUUGUAGAACCGGACAUUCUCGACGACGGUGGAUUCAGAUCUUCGCAGUGCUCAUGGCGGCGAGAGGUUGUCGGUGACUUGGUCAUAGCUGACGCAGAUGAGAGGGUUAGUCAAGGUGAUUAUCUUGCUUGCAUCACAGCAGGGAAUUGGAGCACCUUCUGCUCCCUCGAGACUACUUUGUCUGGUCAGCAUCUUCUGUAUACCAAAGGUAUGGUAACUAAUGAUAAAGCUACUCACAGACCGUACUGGAAAGUUCAGAUUAUAGGCUUCUGUUCUUCAUUCAACAAACCUUCUAUCAGGAAAGGUUAG